GAGCUGUGGGAGCCGAGGCUGCGGGCGGCGGGCGCCGGGGCAACGGCGGGAGGGAGGGGGGGGGGAAGGAGAGGAGGCGAUGACACUUUACCACGUUAGCGAGCGCGGCGGACACCACGGUGAUAAAGAGUAGAAGAUGGUCCCGAGGAUUCAAGAUGAUGAACUCUCUCUGAUCCCAGACGUUGAUUAAGCUGAAUACAUUGUGAUUUUCAAUAAUUGAGACAGUGAUGCUAAAAGCUGUCUACUUUAAUGAAAAGAGUAAUGUAGUCAGCUUAACUGAAUCAUCUGUAAAUUGUGACUAGUACCAUAACAUUUAAAUAAUUCAGUUGGACUGAUAUAUGUUUAAUUCCUCCUUAAUAGAGGAUUAAGUAAGAAAUUAUUUAUAGAGUUAAUUUUUAAAAGAUGGAGAUGUUUGAAAGCCUACCUCCUGUGGCCAAAGAGCCUUCAGUACCGCUGAAAGCUGAGCACCAACCGUGUCCCCCACCUCUUCCUCCAAGUGUGCCGCCGCCUCCACCACCUCCCCUGCAAACGUCCUGUGACGCAGAAGUUAUGGACGUUGGCUCUGGUGGUGAUGGACUUUCAGACACUCUGGAUUGUAACGCGCCCAGCCUGGACCAGCAUCAAGCGAUGGAAUCCACUGUCAUUAACGACCAAUUGACAGCAGUGUCGGGAAGCUGUCCACUGAAUCCAAGAACAGCGCGCCACGCACCGGCUGUUCCCAAGUUUGCCCCCGAUAUUAAUCUGCUCAAAGAUGUUAAAGUCAGAGUAGUUUUUUCGGAAAGCAGUAAAAGCAAAGACAGGCAGGUGGUGUAUGCUGGCGUUGAGCCUGCUGAGAAAGGUACUGAAACUAGCAACAGCAUGAAUGGAGGUUUGCAUGGCCCUCCUUUUGAAGGGAAGGGAGCAGUAGGGUCAUUGGGUUUCUGUAGUAAAAGUACUGAUAAGCAAGAAGUUGAAGACAAUCAAGAGAAAAAAGUGGAAUUUGCAGUGCUCGAUGAACUAGACUUCCCGGAAAACUUCGAAACAGAUGAAGUAGAAGGAGCAGGUUUCAAAUCUGAAAUGAUCAUUCAACAGGAUCCCGUCGAUGAAGAAGCUCUGAGUUACUCGUUUGAGGAUGAUUUUGAUAACGAUGUUGAUGCCCUCCUGGAGGCGGUGCUGCCUCCUCCCAAAAAGAGGAAGCGGGUUGAUGAGGAUGUCGCAGGUGAAAGUGACCACCAGACUGAUGAAGAAACCAGCGUGCAGCCAAUGAUGACCAAAAUUAAAACCGUGUUAAAAAAUCGUGGGCGUCCACCGACUGAACCCCUUCCUGACGGCUGGAUCAUGACAUUCCAUAAUUCCGGUAUUCCCGUUUACCUGCACAGAGAAACUAGAGUAGUUACCUGGUCACGACCUUAUUUUUUAGGAACGGGAAGCAUCAGGAAGCACGAUCCUCCCCAGAGCAGCAUUCCCUGUCUACACUAUUUAAAGAUGAGAGACCAAGAGCAAGAGCAGAAUAUGGCGGCCAGCAAUGGUGAGGUAACCAAAGUGACCAUGAAUGGAGAUUUGUCCCCAGACAAAGUUCAGAAUGCUGCUGUAGAAAUAAUUGAGGAAACAGACUGCACUGCCACUGAGCAAAACUCUGUCACUAAUUCAGUAUCUCUCAGUAACUCAGGGGCAAUGAACUCUAAAUCCUUGGAAGAACGAGAAGCCUUGGGUGGAAUCAUUGCAGCAGGAGCCCUGGGGCAGGUGAAGGCUAAAGUAGAAGUAUGCAAAGAAGAAUCUAUUGUCAUUGAAGAUUUUAAAAAAUACUUGGAGAAGCGCUUUGAUUUUGAACAAGUCACUGUGAAGAAGUUCAGGACCUGGGCUGAGCGUCGGCAGUUUAACCGGGAGAUGAAGCGGAAGCAGGCAGAAGCCGAGCGACCAAUUCUGCCGGCUAAUCAGAAGCUCAUUACUCUCUCUGUUCAGGAUGCACCCACAAAGAAAGAGUUUGUCAUUAAUCCAAAUGGGAAAUCGGAAGUUUGUAUACUGCACGAAUAUAUGCAACGGGUCCUAAAAGUUCGCCCUGUUUACAAUUUUUUUGAAUGUGAAAAUCCAAGUGAUCCUUUUGGAGCCUCGGUUGUUAUCGAUGGAGUCACCUAUGGUACAGGAACUGCCAGUAGCAAAAAACUUGCAAAGAAUAAAGCUGCUCGUGCUACACUGGAAAUCCUCAUUCCUGACUUUAUCAAACAGACCACUGAUGAGAAGCCCAAAGACAGUGAUGAGCUUGAGUACUUCAACCACAUCAGUAUUGAGGAUUCAAGGGUGUAUGAACUGACCAAUAAAGCUGGACUGUUGUCACCAUAUCAAAUUCUCCAUGAGUGCCUUAAGAGAAAUCAUGGAAUGGGUGACACAACCAUCAAGUUUGAGGUAAUUCCAGGUAAAAACCAGAAGAGCGAAUAUGUCAUGACCUGUGGAAAACACACAGUGAAAGGCUGGUGCAAAAACAAACGAGUUGGCAAGCAGUUGGCAUCUCAGAAAAUCCUACAAUUACUACACCCUCAUGUGAAGAACUGGGGAUCACUACUACGCAUGUAUGGCAGGGAAAGCAAUAAAAUGGUCAAACAGGAAAUGUCUGAUAAAAGUGUGAUUGAACUGCAGCAGUUUGCCAAAAAGAACAAACCGAAUCUGCAUAUUUUGAACAAGCUACGGGACGAGAUGAAGAAGCUGGCACGAGACAGGGAGGAAACUCGUAAGAAGCCGAAAAUGACAAUAAUGGAAUCAGCACAGCCGGGCAGCGAACCUCUCUGUACUGUCGAUGUGUAAAGCACUGCAAAAUGGACAGCAAUAACGCACUGGACUGAAUCACCCUCAACAAUUAUAUAUUGUGACCUUCGUGUCUCGAGGUUGCAAAAUACAUAGGAAUUUAGGUCUCCCCAUCCUAGCUUGACAGUGUACUGCUUUAAUUAUGCAUCAGAGUUUUCCAUUGCAAUGGGCAAUAUAUUAUUGAACUUGAAUCUUUACCUCUACGACAGGAAAGAGCACAAGACUAAAGUUAGAUUGAGAGAAUAUUGAAUAUUACCUCAGAGGAGAACAUUUAGGCCAGUGAACUUCGAAUUUGAUUAGCUAUAUUUUAAGGGCCUUUGAAUUUCCAUCAUUGGCCUGCGACAGAAUGGUGAUUGAAAUAUUAUGCACUGAGCUGUUGGCAAAAUAACCCGUUACAUUAUGGCGAUGAUCUUCAGGAAGAAAUAUUUUUCAUUAUUGACGUGUAACCUGGUGGCAGUGUGAGAUGGCUUCAAUAGACACAAUCUAAGUUAUUUCUUUUAUGAUGAACUUUUUGUUUUGUUAACAGUUUUUAAGCAAUUUAUCAAGCAACUUUAUUAGUUAACUAUGUUUUUAAAUGAAGUGACACUGAGCUAUCCCUUACUGAAGAAACAAGAAGUGUAUACACACGAUCUUGUGAGGCAAGGGUGUAUUUUUGAAAUUUGGAUUUGUAUUGGAAAUAUUGGAGUAUGAGGUACCUGUACAAGCAUUUUGUCGAAUCAGUUUAACAGUGGCCUUGUAGGACUUAAUCAUUAGUAAACUGUUCUUAAAUUGGAAAAAGUAACUACCAUAGUCUACUACAUGACACAAUGGUGUUUUAAAUUUUUUUAAAUUAAUUGUGACUGAUUUCAAUUAAGGAAAUCUGAUAGUAGAAUGCAUAAUUUUUCUAUGGAAAUUGUCAAAAAUCUGAAUCGUCUAAGUAACUAUAAUGCAUGUUGAGACUGCAAGAUACUGUUGAAGAGCUUGCGAUGUUUUUCACUAUCAACUUCUGUCACUUGGUUCAAAUAAAGAACGUGUCAUUUUCUGGCGAUAAUUUAGUGCCAUCUGCUUUGCAUCGGAGCUGGAGUUAGUCUUUUUGAUUAAACUUCUGAUUUGCAGUAUUGUUUGUAGCGCGCAUCUUGCAAGUUUACAAUUCCAACUCUCGCUGUCCAAUAUUUUGUUUUGUGUCUUUGUUCUUUGCGGCCCACUGUUUUAGUUAGAACAAAUUAUUAAUGAUGCAAAUGAGCAGGUUUGAUUUGCCUUAAGGCUGGCGAGUUGAUAAGAAGAAUAUAGUGUUUCUCCAUCUCAGAAUUCACGUUUCGACCAGGUUUGCAAAUUUGGAGGUUUUGAAAUAGAUGCUUUUAUUUACUUUCCCUCAGCUUUUCUACUUCACUUAAACACAAAAUAAUAACCUGAAGGAAACAUAGUACCAUGACCAGCUCCUGUUUAUCUUGGUGGUAACAUGAACCAAAGCUUAAUAAUCGUGUCUUAUGCAAACUGAGAAACUAAUACAUUUUUUAAUGCUUGCUGCAGGCUUCAACAGUGCUGUAGAAGGGAUAGAGAAAAAAAAUGCAAUAACUGCUGGAACAAAAACUUGUAUUUAAACUGUUGUGCACUGUAGUUCUGUCGGGUUUCUCGUGUGUUUUAAAUGUUUACUAAACUUUCUGUUGAAUGCAACGUUUCUUGCCUUUGCACAUAAAGCACAAGAGCUGCUGUGAGAGAGUAGAUUGUGGUUUAGCAAAAUUGCAUUUGCGUGAUCAACUUUGUGAAUCUUAAAUUAAAUCUAGUUGUCUUGCCUUCCUUUAUUGGUUUGUAUGUUUAAAAUUGGUAUUUGUGUGUACGGACUGUAAUAUGUAAGUGCAUUAUAUUCAGCGUAGUUGUCUUUUAAAAAAAUUUAAACCUAUCAGCUCAUUUGUCUCUAAGGUAAUCAUGAAGGAUUGUAAUUUGACACCUUUAUUUUCCAAUCCAUGGGAAACAAAAUUUGUGAUUAUGGGUUGUCUCUUGAUGAGGCACAUUUUCCACUUUUUUUAAAUGCAUGUCUUAUUGGUGCAUCAUUGUAUACAUGGUAUUACAGGAAGAAGCAAUCAAUUGGCCUGAAAAUAAGCUAUGCUCUCGUUAAAUAAAUGGUAAAAAUUUAGAAACAAAAUUAUUCUUAAAUGCACUACAAGUAGGUAAAACUUAAUGUCAUUCAUACUGGCAAUGGGGGCAAACACUCCAGGAGUAGUAUUGAAGUCUUAACACUAUGAAAUUUGGAAACAAAAUGAGGCAACUGUAUUUUAUGUUUUGAAGUUGUAUUUGAUUUUCCCAGAUAUUUGAGGAUGUUAAAUGUGGCUAUCCAUCAUUGCAGUUACAACAAGUAUUGAUGUGUUCGGAUUUAUUCCAGCAAAGCUUAUGAUGACUAAUAUAUUGUAUGUUCAAUUUUUUUUUAUGUGACUCCUUUACAAGCUGGCAAGGAGCAAAUUAAUUCCACUGAACAAAACAAAAGUGUUUGUGUAAAUCUACAUUCUGACACGAGUGUGUAACAAAUGUUUAGAUGUGAUAUUUGCUUUUUUUUUGGCGCAUACUAACCGAACUGUACGAAACAAGAACACUGCAGAUUCCCCAGCCUGUUCCACAAGCCGGUUUGCUUACGGCUUCAUUUACAAUGGUCUUAGUCUAUGAUCAACACACUAUUGCCCAUGUCCAGAGUCUGAGUAAUGGCAACUCUGAAUUGAAGUUCAUUUAAUUUUAAUCAAAACAAUGAAGUCUUUAGUGUAAUUUCAAAGGACAAAGUUAGUAUCAGUGUUUUUGAAAUAUUUUUCCCUCUGAAUUAGCAUAAAUGAAUGAUGCAGUUGCAGCUUUGCAUUAUGUGAGAUAUUUUUUUAAGUACAAGAUGCUGGUCUGUUGACCUCUUUGUUGGAAAGUCCUUUGAGUCUGAAGGGAACUUGCAGUGCGAGAGUGAUGCCACACUCAUGAAUUGGGUACAGUUCCUACAAGUGCUAUUUUAAGUGGCUAACUUCAAAUUUCACAAACAGGUCCUUUAGCCUUUGCUUGCUGCACUACCAUCUGGAUAUUUGUGUGUGGUCCUUUUCAAAUGUAAUGUUUUUUUUGCUCUGUAGUUUGAAGCAAUAAAGUUUGAUAAUUCAUUAAUGAA